ACGUCAGCGUCCAUUGCAGUAAGAUUUUAUUGCUGUUAAUGUUAGAUGACAGUUGUCAGCUGGUUAUGUGGAAGAUAAAAAUACGUAACACAUCAGCUGUUUUAACAGGCGUGUCUUAAAACGGAGUUUUAUUUACUUCUAGAAACUGUAGUUUAGGUGUUUGAAAAGAUCCAAUCAAUUCAAAAUGUGCUUUCAGCGAUCAAUACACGAAAUUUAUUUUGUUUUUAAAAAACAAAGAGAGACUGUGUCUGAAAAUCCUGUUUGUGUUACGUAACUUGGACUUGGUAGAUCCAAACACAUCUUGCUCAAAUUUGUCUUACUGCAAGACUUUAAAGGGCAAGUCAUCCCUACUAGAGUAUUACUCCUCUCCCACUUCCUGUUUGAAAAAUGCAACAAAUGCUGUUGCCUAGCAGCCCGAGAGGGCGGAGUCGCUAACAAAUACACACAUACACACACAGGCUCACAACGAUAUUGUUACAUCAUAUCCAGUGAUGGGUACCGAAUUCGGUACUUUUUAAGGUACCGACCGAAUUCCACAGUACCGACUGAACACCGAGUCACGUCAUUUGAAACGGUGCCUCGUUUCGGUACCCGUCCUUCAUAAUGAGAACUUGCCUAGACAGCUGCGCAUGUGCAAGAGCGUUAUGUCGUCGCUCGCUGAGAGCGUGUUGUAAACAGAGCAGCAUGGUAGAAAGAACGCACGCUAAAGCUUGGGUCCACUUCACUAAAUGUGAUGGGUAACUGGGUGAUGAUGAAACAAGCAACAACGGUCUAAGUGAGACAUCCUCUUCUUAAUCUGCUCCGCAGGCUUAGAACAAUCAGUAUGGACAACGCAGGCAGGCCGUACAGGACAAAGCAAGGGAACUGGGAGAGGGGAGCUGCAGCAGCAGGCAAGGCAGAAAACUGGAGAACGAAUGACCAGUUUCGAGGACAGAACAUGAGACCUGAAGGAGGUCAACAGGGGAAGAAGAACCAGGGUGCACCCUAUAAAGCAAGCCCUAAAAAGGGAGGGCUUGGACCUCUGAGCUACUCACCUGGUGGAUACAGAGGCGAUCACAGCCCCUCACAGAGAGAUGACCAGUGGUUCACUGGUUUUGAGAACAGCUAUUUGAAUCAAGAGGAUAACUGGAGAGGGCGCACACAGCAGCCCUGGAGAAGGACCGCUCAAGGAGAAGGGCUCACAGAGAACAUGGACCAGGGACGAAGAGAUGCUGCUAAUGCUCAUAAACAAGGAAAAAGACGGAGAAGCAAAAACACAAAGAACACUUUAGCUGAAGAGGACAGGAGCCUAGCAAUCGAAGAGUCCCCAAGCUCGUUUGAAGACCGGCAAACUGUCCGGCAAGCAGAGAAGCAGCUUUUAAAGGAAGAGGUCUACUUCCUGAAGAGGAAGCCAAACGGCAACCCUGGAGCGUUGUACACCUGUGCUCUAUGCGAUGUCACGCUGGACUCCAUACCUCGUGCUUACAAGCACAUCAGAGACAAACGGCACAAGAAGAAGGCUCGGGAGAAGCAGGAACAGCUGAUGCUGACUGAGAUCCAGCCUCCUGGUCCUGAGCAGAUCAGUGCAGUGAGCGCUGCACUAGAGACGGUGGUUCAGGAACAUGGGCUGAACGACCAGGAUGUUGAAAUGAGACAACGUGUUGUCUCCCUCAUGCAAGACCUUCUUCUCUCCGUCCUACCUGAAAUAAGGCUCAGGCUGUACGGCUCAUCUUGCACCAAGUUUGGAUUUAAGGAUUCUGACGUCAACAUAGACAUUCAGCAUCCACCUCACAUGCAUCAGCCAGAUGUCCUGUUGUUGGUCAAGGAGUGCCUCUCUGUGAGCCCCCUUUUUAUCGAUGUAGAAGCUGAUUUCCAUGCCAGGCUACCAGUGGUCAUCUGUACAGAGAAAAGGAGUGGCCUGAUCUGCAAAGUGAGUGCAGGAAAUGAAAACGCCUUUCAGACCACCGCCUACCUGUCUGCCCUUGCUGAUCGGGAGCCUCUUCUCCACUCUCUGGUGGUGGGCCUCAGACGUUGGGCUCAGAUCUGUGAGAUUGACCGUGCCGAGGAAGGGGGGCUGCCUACGUACGUCUUUGCUCUUAUGGUCAUCUUCUUCCUACAGAAGCGCAAAGAGCCUAUUUUGCCUACGUACUUGAACCAGGAGCUGAAGGUUUUUUGUCUCAGCAAGCUGUCAGACUUCAAUCUCACACGUGUAGAGGAGGGAUAUUUACACUGGAGCUACACACCUUCCUCCAAAGAACCACCGCAGCAGGCUGGGAGCUCCUGUUUAGACGGGGAGGUCCCACUGGUGUUUCCCAACCCUCAUCCAGCAGUGGAAGUCGGACGUCUCUGGAUUGAAAUGCUGCGUUUCUACUCUCUGGAGUUUAAAAUGGACGACUACGUAAUCAGUGUGAGAACUGGUGCCAUCCUCUCUCGAGACAUCAAAGAUUGGCCAAAAAGACGCAUCGCUGUUGAAGACCCGUUUGCUGUGAAGAGGAAUGUGGCUCGCUCUUUGAGCAGCCAGCAAAUGUAUGACUACAUCUUCCACUGUCUUAAAAGUACAUACAAGUAUUUUGCACUUCCACCCAACACACCUGCUGCUCACCGCGAGAGAGAAAGCCAGCAGGGCCAGACUCCAGGAGCAAAGCCCGAUGCUCUGCGUGAAGAUCCAGCCCGUCUGUCAGGCUUCAGCCGGCUCUCCCUUCAGCCAAAACACACCAGUCCCGCUGUGGAGGACGGCCCUGCUGACUCAGACUGCAUCAUUGAGGAUGAAGAGGAAGUUGAGGAAUGUCUUGACUCUGACGAAGAGCGAGAGAAGGAAAAGGUGGACCCAGGCAAGAGCAGUCUCUCUGAAGAAGAAGAAGAUGAUGAUGAUGAGGAGGAGGAUGUAGUUGUUGACACACACGGUCGACAGCACUUGGACAGCUUCACCACGGAGGAGGAAGACAUUUUCCUGGUUGAUGAGAUCUCAGGGGAGGACCUUUUGUCAGAUGAAGAGGCUCCAGAUCUGGACACUCCUGGAUCGUUGGAGGAGGAGGAGGAGGUGGAGGUGGAGCUGCAACCUGAUCGAGAGUCACCUGGACCUUCAAAGAAAAGACCUGAAGAAGAAAACCCCCCGAAACAAACCCGAUCGGCGUUUGAGUUCACCCGGCAGGCCUUCACCCGGGGGAAGUCUCACACAGUCGUGUGCAGCUUGUGCAAGCGGGAUGGACAUCUGAAGAAAGACUGCCCUGAGGACUUUAGGAAGGUGGAGCUGGAGCCGCUGCCCCCAAUGACGCCAGAGUUUCUCAGGGUCCUCAGCAGCGUCUGCGGGCGAUGCUACACCGACUUUUCCCCAGAUGACCUGGAACAGAAUGUUAAAGAGUCCAUCCUUCAAGACUUGGAGGCAUUUGUCAGAAAACAGUUUUCUGGGGCUCGGCUCCGACUGUUUGGCUCUUCCAAGAACGGCUUUGGCUUCAGGAUGAGUGACCUGGACAUCUGCAUGGUGCUGGAGGGACGGGAUAACUUGCAUAAUCUUGACUGCACCAAUAUUAUUAAAGGUCUGGCAAGACAUCUGAAGAAACACCCAGCCCUGAGAAACAUCCUUCCUAUCACAACAGCUAAAGUACCGAUUGUGAAGUUCUUCCAUCGGUUCACGGGCCUGGAGGGAGACAUCAGCCUCUAUAACACGCUGGGCCUGCAUAACACUCACUUGUUAGCCACCUACGCCGCCAUAGACACCAGAGUGAAGGUCCUCUGCUACGCCAUGAAGAUUUUUGCAAAGACGUGCGACAUCGGGGAUGCCUCCCGUGGCAGCCUGUCUUCCUACGCGUACACCCUCAUGGUGCUGUUCUUCCUCCAGCAGAGAAACCCGCCAGUCAUACCUGUCCUACAAGAGAUCUAUGAUGGAAAGAAGAAACCCAAAGUGCUCGUUGAUGGUUGGAACGUGUACUUUCACGAUGAUUUAAAAGCAUUACCCAGCGUCUGGCCAGAGCACGGGAAGAACACUGAGACGGUUGGGGAGCUGUGGCUCGGCCUGCUCCGCUUCUACACCGAGGACUUUGACUUCAAAGAGCACGUCGUGUGUGUCCGACAGCACGCACGCCUCACCACCUUCAACAAACAGUGGACGUCCAAAUACAUCGUCAUAGAAGAUCCGUUUGACCUGAAUCAUAACUUGGGUGCUGGUCUGUCCAGAAAAAUGACGAACUUCAUCAUGAAGGCUUUCAUCAACGGCAGAAGGCUGUUUGGUACACCGGUGAAAAUGCAGCUUCCAAUCGCUCCAAGUGCUAUGGAGUAUUUCUUUGACACUGAAGUCCUGACGGGGGGAGAACUGGCUCCCAACGAUCGCUGCUGCCGCAUCUGUGGGAAGAUCGGCCAUUACGUGAAGGACUGUCCCAUGCGUAGGAAGGCCAGGCACAGAAGGGAUUCAGAGAAUGUUCAAGACUCAGGAGAAGAGGGCAAAGAUCCGGUCCGACCCAAGAACGAACCCUGGAGGAAGAGGGAUCCGGCGGAGACGCGCUGCUGCUUCCUGUGUGGAUCAGCGUCCCACAUCAAGAGGGACUGCCAGCUCAACAGAGUCCCUGCAGGCUUCCAGAAAGGAAAUGUCAAAAUGGAAAGGUUCGCCCCCCCCACUGCGGCCCAGGCAAAGAACCUGAGAGAGAAGGAGAAGCAGGGCCUAACCCCGCAGGAGGAGAAGAGGGGAAGAAAGCAACAAAACGUGAUACUAAGUCCACAAGCAGGUAGUCUAGCCUGCAGAAACGUGACUCGGCCUGGCCACAAGAACAGCCCAGUGGAAUGAGGAGCUCCAGAUCUCAGGAUUGUACUGGUGUCUGUGCAGACUGCGUCCACAGUCCAGUUCAACCUUUUAUCUGAGUGGUUCUGAUUGGCCAGAGGGAGCCCUGUACAAGCCAAAGCCUGGGCACCAUGACUUGAAGCCAAAUAGGGCCUUUGUGUGUGUGUGUGUGUGUGUGUGUGUGUGUGUGUGUGUGUGUGUGUGUGUGUGUGUGUGUGUGUGUGUGUGUGUGUGUGUGUAUUCAUCUCCCCCUACCACCCUGCAGUUCUCUGCAUCAGAGCCUUUUUUAAGCUGCAGUUUUACAAAGACGAGCCAUUUUGCAUGCGUCCAGCGUCUUUGUUUACACGCAUAACCAUUUUAUAAUUAUUUACCCCUGAAGCCCAAUUUUAAUCCUCACAACUAAAACUUUAGGAAACUCAACACCAGAUUGAAGAUGGUUUUAACUUCAUGCUUUAAAGUAGCAUCUACAGUGGUCCGCCACAUCCGAACAGGAAGACGGCGGGAGUUUUAGAGCCUUGUCUUUCCCAAGGGAUCCGGACGCUUUAAGAAAAACACCAGAAGGUGUGAACGGCAGUGAGCCUUUUGUUGUGGUUGUGAUGCUUUUAGGAAAUAUGCUUUUUAAUCUAAUUUCCCAGCACUUACGUCCAUUAUCUCAGCUUCCUUAAAGUAAGCAGUGUUGUGUUUAGUAGAGGAGGUUCUUUUUUUUGUUUUCAUUGAACUUAAUUUUAUUCGGAGCCUGCUCCGCUCGCUCGCCCUCAGCAGGACCUCCUCUUCUGACCGUUCCUCCACGCUAGGACACGUUGUGAUGACGGUGCAAAAACACGUUUUAGUAAAGUAUUUCAAACUACACUGGUAAGAUGUUGGCAUAUGAUGCUGCAAACGUUUGAAACUUGUAAAUCGUGUAAUUUUAUUGUAAUGAUGCAACACAUUGGUAGCUGCACUGUGAGGAUUCAUGCCCUUGAAUUAUGUUGCUGCUUGUCAUGUCUGUAAGACCUGUUCUGUGUUUCAGUGAUGGACACGCCGCCAUGAUUGUUCAGCUGGUUUUGUUGAAUUUUAUAGAAAAAAAACAUUGUUGGCCUAGUGAGGAGAUUUCCUAUUUUAAAGUGAUUUUAUUUUAACGCCAGCCUAACUUGUUUUGAUUGACUAAACUGAAACUGAUGAUAACGGAUAUUGUUUCUGCCAGACCAGCUUUCAGUCCAUUUUGUCUCCAAAAUAUUAAAACUCAAAAGUCCCAGUGUA